CCUCCGGCUUCCAGGCCAUGGCGUCAGCAGUGGCUCCUUGGGCUCCUGGCUUGUGGCGGGCCUGCAACGCGCUCAUGGCUGCUUUCUUCGCCCUGGCCGCUGUGGUGCAGGUGAACGAUCCAGAUGCAGAGUUGUGGGUGGCAACUGCAUCUGGAAGAGUGUGUCUGCGAUACACAUGCUGUUUUGCGCGCUGUGGGCCGGUGGCUUGGCGUACCACUUCUUGCUUCAUGCAAAGCAGAGCAUCCUGAAUGAGGAAGAAGGCAGGGAGCUGUCCGGCCUGGUGAUUGUCACAGCAUGGAUGGCACUGUGCCACAGCUCAUCCAAGAAUUCAGUCGGUGGAAGAAUGCACUUGGCUAUUGCUGUUGUAAUCACCCUAUUCCCGCUCCUGUCGUGGGUCUACGUGUACAUGAACAAGGAGAUGCGGUCCUCCUGGCCAACUCACUGCAAGACAGUCAUUUAAAUGAAUCCAACAGUGUUUAAAUUGGUACUUUCAACAUCUUAUACGCACUGGGGAAACAGGCCAGUUUCCCAGUUUAUUUAAAAAACAAAAACAAAAAACUGGAGUGGAUACCAGAGAUGAUUUAAAGUCUUGAGAAUGUAACAAGGCCGCCCACAAUGUGAUGGAAGAUUGACUAGGACAGAUAAGGACUGGGGGCUAAGUCUCCAGAGGUCUCUUCUGUGACAGCAGUGGACCAGGCAAUGAGCAGAAACUUGAGUUUGAAUCCAGCUUUAGCACUAUGCGCUAGGGGAAAACCCACGAAUCUCCUGGUAGAUAUUUCCUCACAUGUAAGGUAAGAUGUCAGAUCGCUUUAGUUACCACAACCAAACUAAUACAAAGGCGCUCUGAGAAGGUGAAGCUCGAGAAUUCCAGAGGAAGUAGAGUGAGGGGAGCUGAGGCUGGGUAAUGUGCUGACAUGGAGGGAGGUUCAAGACCGCAAUUCCAAACUAAUCUCAAUGGACUUGACUGGUUCAGCUGCACGGAACCCAGAAAAAUUUCAGGACAGGCAAGCCAAAUGAAAGUAGAAAAAAAAUAGAAAUUAAAGAAAAUAUAGAAAAGAUAACUUCAGAGUUAAGCAAGAAUAGGGGAUAUUAAUCAUUGUUUCAAUAAAUAUUAAAAAUAAAAAACCCUGGCUAAACCUUUUAUCCCAAGCUAGUGCUGGCACCAGGAGGGCUACUGGCACUGCAGGGUAUCUUUAUCUCAGCGGCUCUACGCUGCCCCAAGUACUCUCAGACCCAGCUGAUCCAGGAGCCGUUCCAAUGUGGCAGCUCGGCAUGCUGGUCCCUAGAGUUAGUUCCCGUACGGAGUGGGGGACAUACGGAACGAACCAUAAUUUAUCUCUGAUUAGUAUCUCUCCGGUGGCUCUCUACUAGUUCAGAACUCUCUGGUUCCAGCUACCUCGUAAAAUCAAGACUCAACAAACUGCAACCCAACAAUCAGACUUAUAUGUUAAAUUCUCAACCCACACAAUAAACUCACAGGCAAUUGAUAAAGAUAUAAACUGCGCACCUAGAUAAGAUCAAUUUGCCUACAGAAAUCCAUCCCUUAAGAAAUAUACACAACUAUCUUGGCAAUUCAAGACCACUCGGAUCUGGGUCAUCCUUCUCGUUUCUAUCUUGAUUCUCCUCCUCCUUCCCCUUCUCUCCUGCCUUACAAAAGCUUUGUCCCCGCCUUAUUUUUUUUUACUGCCCAAUCAUGACCUUGCCCUACUUGUGCCAGCCCUCACCUGCAUAUAGACAUCACACAAAUCAUAAUUUAUUCUCAGGGAAAACUAAGAUGAAAAAUCUAUACAUCCUUUUAAUGAAUAUUGAAGUGACCACAAGAGAGGAGAGCUCUGUAGGUUGACACGGUCCAAAAGGGCAGACACAGGUUAUUAUUGAGCACUUGACUUGUGGGCGGGCUGACCAAAGGAGUAAAAUUUUAACUUCUCUACUUUUAGAAGCAGGGAGACAACUGCCAAGAAAAGUUAAGUGUACAUGGAAUGGUGUGUGUGUGUGUACCUUUUACAACUGCAAAUUUUGAUAUGGACUGUUGGGAUUGAUCUGGUGCGGCUAUGUAUUCAAAUGCUAAAUACUGCCCCCCACCCCCAUCUCAUUUCAUGCACACCAAAUGAUGUUAUGCAAACUUGGCCAGCCAAUCUUUUUUGAGGGGUUAAUAAAAAUGGCUGACAGCCAAUAACUGGGGAGAAUCGAGAUAAGCAGAGUUUCUGUCACAGGGCUGGGAGGGGUGGGGGGAGGGAGAGCAGGAGGUCGCUAUUUGAUAGGAUGGACCAGGAACACAGGUCAACUACUGGCAAGUAACUUGGGGAGCACAGCUGGGAAACAGCCAGUCUAGCAUUGAAAAAUAGUUUGGGGGAAUCGCCCAUUAAUUGUGCUGAAGCUGAUUAAAUAAACUGUUUGGACUCUGUCUCUAUUAUUAGGGGGCUGAUGGGGUCACAGUAAUUAAUAGUUAUUAAAUACCUCACAGCAACAAUCAACAGGUGAAGUAUUGGCAAGAGUUUAGUGUUCAGAUGGAUGUGCUCCAGUGCAAAAUACAGUAAACCUUAGAGACAAACACAGAACGUAUCUUAUACUACGUGUAUGCUGAAAAAAUAUUUUGAGAUAAAUUGGGCUAGAUAAAAUAUAUUGAAUUUA